GCUCUUCUUCAUUACCUCUCCACGCUACCAUGCAUCGGCCUCGCGAUUCCAACCCUCAUUUUGGUAGCCCAUAUGAAACACAGCAGCAAGGCCAAUAUCCCGAGUCACCACCACCUGGUUCAUCUGUGCCACUACCACAGUAUCAAGGUCAGCCCUCUGGACCACCGCCACCCAGUCCAGAAUGGUCUGAAUCACGGCAACCGAUUCUGCAUCAGCCAGCCCCAACCCGUCCCCAGGGGAAGUAUGAAGGCCGCCAACCUCGGCCACUAGGUCCAUUGGUGUCAAUUCCUCACCAUGAGCAAGACCCACAUCCUCGGCCAAAGAAACAAAGCCGCCAUUCUCAGCCACCACCAGUACCAUUGGCACCAACUCCUCACCAUGAUCAAGACCAACAACAUCCUGACCCGAAGCAUCAAGGCCACGACUCCCGGCCACUAGUCCCAGGGGCGGCGCCAAUCCCACACCAUGUUGAUCAAGACCACCAAACGCCACAACACCAUACACCACAUGGUUCGCAUGGACAGCGACACGGUUCACAGCGGUUGCGCGUGCCAGAACCUCAACAAACCAACUUCUUCACAUGGUCCUUAGGCGUGUGCUGCGCCAUUUUUUGGAUCCUCAUAAUCUUAGCAGGUCUCAUUGUCCUCAUUAUCUAUCUCGUCUUUCGUCCUCGGACCCCAAAGUUCGAAAUUUCCACUGCCACACUAAACGCAGCAUAUCUCGACAUGGGGUAUCUCCUCAAUGCGGACUUUACUGUGCUAGUAAACUUCACCAACCCGAACAAGAAGGUGAGCGUCUACUUCAGUCCUAUGUACAUUUAUGCUUACUAUGGGAGCACCCUCGUUGCUACCACAUACAUUGAACCCUUCACUGCACACAAGCAUCAGUCCAUGUUUGCAAGUGUUCACAUGGUGGCUAGUCAGGUUCCUCUCGGAUUGCUCGAAAGCCAAAGGCUGAAGAAGCAGCUGGAGAACGGUAGAGCCGGCUUCGAAUUCAAAGGCUACUUCAGAGCACGAGCUAAGUUCGGAAGCCUGUUGCGAUACUCUUAUAAAUUACACGGCGACUGCAACGUUGUGUUCUCUAGACCUCCUGAUGGGGUUAUGGUUCAUAGAAAAUGCAAGACAAGACAUUGAUCAUGGAAGCUUCUAGAAUUUAUUUUUCUCAUCGGAUUUGUUUCUUUUUCUCUUGUAUCCAUGUUGAUGAGCAUUGAUUUUGAACUUCAUCAGUAAUUCGGUGUUCAUCUUUUUCUGAAUGUUUUGCUUCUUUUUUGAUA